AUGAAGGAAUAUGAUUGUUUUGCUUAUAACAUCUUGUCAUCUCCCCUUGAUCCUAUUGUGAAGUUGAAGGCUGAUGAAGGCACUCUUCUUCCAGACCCUACAUAUUACAGAAAAUUGGUGGGAAAGCUGAACUACCUCACCAAUACCAGACUUGACAUAGCCUACAAUGUACAGCUUCUCAUCCAGUUCAUGCAAGCACCUAGAGAUACACAGUUAACAGCAACCUUCCAUCUUCUCAGGCAUCAUGCCCUGACUUUAGAAAGUCUGUCACUUGCUACAUUGUUUUGGUUGGAGACAGUCCCACUAGCUAGAAAUCAAAGAAACAAGAAACCAUUUCCUUGUCCUCAACUGAAGCUGAGUACAGGUCCCUCAGGAAAGUGGUUGGAGAAUUGCCAAUCUGCUAUCCAAAUUGCUCAAAAUCCUGUUUUCCAUGAACGGACAAAAACAUUGAGGUCGACUGCCAUUUUUUAA